AUGGCAUCUAUUACAUCAAAGCCGGCUCUUGUUACCCUCCGACAGCUGUUGUACGAAUUACGUCAGCAGAGUUCUACUAAAAGACUGUCAGAGAACCAAAUGGUACUGUACAUCUUCAAUCAAUAUAGGAAACACCAAACCACUGAUCAGCAGCUGUGCAAGGCAGCUGAAGAGAUGCACUACAGAGCCAAGACAUAUUACAAUUACCUUCAUUACGCUAGAAAAUACAAGGAAAUCAACACUGAAUUCAAGGGAAAAGGAGAGAGAUCAUUGCAGGAAACAGCAAAUAUGGUUGGAUUCAAAUUACCUCAUGAUCCGAAACCGUAG